CCAUUAUUUAAUUAUUUUCAUAUAAUUAACAGUCGACCUUCCAAUUGAUGCAUUUCUCGCAUACUGCAUGCAAUCCUCGGACACAUUUUUCACCCUUUACAAAUUCUUAACUUGAACUAUAUACUCAUAAACGCUUUGUCCAGCCUUCCUUUUUGAAAGCCUUUUAACAUUCAAUAAAAGCCCUGACCCGUUACGACCUUCUCAACUUUUAGAUUAUAUUUUUGACCUGCAAUCUACUUCACUAUUUAGCACUGAGUCCGAAGAUCUUGGAUAUUUCAAGAUGACUAUUUCCAAUGACAUAAAACCCCCGAAAGGGUCAAAACAGCACGCACGAAAGCGCAAGAGAGAUGGCACCUCAAGUGAACAUUCAAGUCCCACAUCUCCCAACGAAAGUGGGAAAAGAAAUAAACGUGCCACGAGAGCAUGUGAGCGUUGUCGUAAUAAAAAGAUAAAAGUACGCAUAUCAAAGCAUGAGAAACCUUUACCAAAAUUCUAAUGGUAUAAUAGUGUGAUAUUGAACGGGACAUUGCUUGCAAUGCGUGUGUCGAUGCCAAUGUGGUAUGUGAGGCCGGCAACGGAAAGCACACGGAGGACAAAAAGUAUCCUCCAGGGUGAGUAAUUUAAUUCUAUCAUAUGAAUAGUAUCUGACGUAAGCAUUCAGAUACACUGAAUCCCUAGAGAACACCUACCAAGCAAUGGUACUUGUUAUAGACAAGCUAUGGCGAAUGGUAAAGAGUAGAGAGGAAUGGACUUUUUCAGAGCCUCGGAUGAAGGAUGGUGGAAAGGGGCCUGUAGUCAUUCAUGACAUAGCUCAGGCACUUGGCUGCAUACGUAAUGCACCUGGUCUUCCAGAGUGUUUCAUUGAAGAUGCGCCAGCUCUAUUGACCCGCUUGUCCGCAGAAGAAAUGUCCAAAGUCAAGAAGGAGGUUCAGACGGAGGGUAACAUGUCUACCGAGGAGCUUUCACCAGAACAACAACUCAAAUGCGCCAAAUCCUUGCCCGAAUUCCAGGUUGAAUCACCAGUCGAGCUCCCUCCCCCAAGUUAUUCGAGCCAUUUCCCUACCUCGUCCGAGGUAGAGUAUCUCAACACAACUAAGCCUUCCAUUCAACGCCAGCUUCAAUCACCCAAAAGCCUCCCAUCACCGGCACCAACAUCAAGAUCGGCAGCUAUCGAUCAAAGACCCGACACUUCUAGUUUGUCACAUGAGGCUUCGAUUAGAUCGGCAAGGACGAGUCAAAACGCAAGCGUCAAUAUGCCCCAUGGAAAUAUGAUAAAUAACUUACCAUCAAAAUUUUCUAUGGGGUCCUCAUUCAGCAGUCGAAACCCUGCAACUUUGGACAGCCGCCGAGUACCCGGUCUGACGAUACAGCCUUAUCAUUAUCAAGAACAAUCUACAUUAUCUGCCUCUACAGUAUCGUCGUUCUCGCCUACCUACCAAACGAACUCGCCCUUUCAAUCUACCGUCUCAUCAUUUUCGCCCGCCUACCAAGCGAAUUCGCCGCUUACAUCUUCUGAAAAUUCCUACCAAACAGAUUCUUCUUCAUCUUCAUCACCAUACUUAUCCACCUUGCAAAAUGACCCCUAUCUCUCCCCGAAUUCGCCUCUCGGCGACUUCUCAGAAGCGCCAUUCCACGAUCUAAACACGCUAUUGUUGAACAAGCAAGCUGCUAGCAGCUACUUUGACCGAUCGCCUUACCUAGAGCCUUGCGACACCGUUUUUGACUUGGACUUUAAUGACUUGAGUGGGUAUUCAUUUUCUGCUGAGGAUGAAUUUUACAGCCGGGAAUUAUGCAAUAUUUGAGACGACUUGGUUUAAGGAGAGGUGUAUUACGUCUUACGAGAGACAGAACUAUUUGACGAGGUCACGAUUUACUGGCUACGGAGUUUGGGGAACGGGGAGCGAUACCAUGGCGGUCUUGAUGACACAAAAUGUCAACGUCGGGAUUUAGGUUGGCUUGGAUUGGUAUACACUUUGUACAUUUAGGAUUUGCUGCAACUUUAUUUCUGGAAGUUGGAAGUACGGAUGAACAGGCCUGAGUAGUAUUCUUUUAUUGUUGAAGAGGGCUAGUCAGCCAAAGAAGUACUCUAGGGUCUCAGCGCAAAACUCUACAGUAAUCUUAAUUUGCUCUAGAGUGGAAAGAAACUACACUCCGAGCGUAUCCAAUAGAAGAUACUUUCUCUAUCUUUGGUAGUAAAGUGCUAAAUUCUAACAGAGUGACGCACAUGUUCUCGGCUCCCACAUCGUAGGAUCUGCAAGACAAAUGGACCUUACUUCAUGAUGAGUGAAUCGGGUCUUUACUAUCUUCUAGGGUAUCAAAUAU